CGUGGUUUAAACUGAAGUGACGUCCCACUUACAAACCGGAUUGCAAAGGCACUACAUGUUCGACUGAGCGCGCGCAGCUUGCUUCGAAGUUCGAUGAACCAUCCAUGAGUUUAGGCCUUAAAGUCUCCGGCGGACUGGAAAUUAAGUCUACUAAAGAUUGAACUUUGACCGCGAUCGAUAGACAGACUUUGGCCUUCAUGAACGCAUUGCUUGCAAUCCACCUUUUUAAAGUCAUUGUUAGUGUGAACAUGGUGUGAAGUGAGAGUGACUCUAGACGACAUAAAAGAGCUUGCAAGUUUGCGAGACACAGACCGGAACAUGGAAGCGUUCGCUGGCAUGAAUUUGCUCGACGCCCGCUCAGCGCUCCUCGGCGUAGCGGUGUUCCUGUUGCUGUAUCGCCUCCUUCGCCGUCCACCACGUAAUCUCCCGCCUGGCCCCAGGGGAUGGCCGCUGCUUGGCAACCUACCACAACUCGUCAGAGUAAGGGCAGAGCCACACAGAUACUUCUCAAAAUUAGCUGACAGGUACGGUAAAGUGGUCAGUGUGAAAUUGGCGGGAAAUUUGAUCGUGGUUCUGCACGGAGCUGACGCCAUCAGAGAAGCCUUCAACCAGCCCCAGCUGAGUGCCAGGCCAAAACUGUACGUCAGUGAGAAGCUUCGACCUGGUGUCGGUAUUUUUGUAUCUUCCGGCGAGAUCUGGACGGAGAUACGAAGGUUUUCUUUGACUGUUCUGAGAGGGUUGGGUGUGGGCAAGUCGAGCUUUGAAGAGAACAUUGCAACGGAGGCCAAUUUCCUGAUCGACGAGUGGAAGAAGGUUGAUGGAGCUCCCUUCGACCCCAGACACCUGAUUUCACGAUCUGUGUCCAACGUCAUCUGCGCCGUAGUAUUUGGCGAGAGGUUUCAGUACACCGACGUAAACUUUAGACGUCUCAUCCAGUACACAGAUGAUGUUUUCGAGCAGAUUGGCGCAGGGGGCGCCAUUGAAUUCUCGCCGCUUUUCGCAAAACUGACAUUCUUACCUUUUGUCCGGAAGUAUAGGGAUGCAGCCCAGGCGCUAAUCGAUCAGAUUUUCCUGAUGGUUGACGUCCACAACCAGGACUUCGACGCAGACAACAUUCGCGAUUUCACUGACGCGUUCAAGAAAGAGGAAACCAAACAUGGCGGCACGUCUGAAGUCUUCAAUGAAAACAACAUGCGGCAGGUAGUUGGCGACCUGUUCGUGGCUGGAAGUGAGACUACCUCGACAACUCUUCGAUGGAGUUUGCUCUACAUGAUGGCUUACCCCCAGGUACAGGCCCACGUGCAGAAGGAGUUAGAUGAGGUGACUAAACGAAACCGAUUCCCCAGGAUGUCUGACAAGCCAGACCUGCCCUACACUGAGGCGGUUAUCUGUGAGAUCCAACGCAUCAGUACCAUCGUUCCGCUGGCUGUGCCUCACAUCUCUUCCGAGGAUACAACGCUGUUUGGAUACGACAUUCCAAAGGGAACUGUAGUUCUGUCCAACUUGUGGCACAGCCACUACGAUCCUACGAUUUGGAAAGAGCCUGAGGCGUUUCGUCCGGAGCGGUUCCUGGACGACAAUCAAAAAGUUAUUACCUGUGAAGAGUUGACUCCCUUUGGGAUGGGUCGGCGCAUCUGCCUGGGUGAGCAUCUCGCUAGGAUGGAGCUCUUCAUCUUCUUCACCCUCCUCCUCCACGAGUUCACCUUCAAGAAUCCUCCAGAUGCUCCGCCCGUCACCCUUGAAGGAAUUAAUAACGCGACCUGGGCGCCAAAGGAUUUCAAAGUUUGCGCCGUCCCUCGAGGUUGACGAGUAGAACAAGAUGGCUGAGAAUCAUUGCAUGGACAUGUAUCAACCUCUUGCUUGAUGUUGACAUCAAAACGUAACAUGUAAAAGUACACAGAAUAUCAAUCAUAACUGUAAACAGGCCGCGUUACUCGUGUUCAACUUACUGCACCGACUCUUUAGGUGAAACGCUCUCUAUACCAAUGCAUGGAUGCUAUUUGAGAUAGUCCUGGGUUUAAAAUGUUGAGGUCACUCUUUACAGAAUGGAAACACGAUCUUUUCAGUGGGGAAACAAUUAUUUUUUUGCUGGCUGUUGUACCUUUUAGCAAUCAACAGAAAUUAUUCAAGAUGCGAUAUUGUAUACAGGAUAACCUUACAAAACAACCUCAGUCUUUUGCGGAUUAGACAUGCAUAUUCAUGUACAUUUAACCAGAACUGCUGGAGGUCAGUGAAAUGCUGGACCUGAACAAAUUCUUCAACCUGUUGAACUGUUUCCUUUGGAGCAAAAGGCAUACAUGUAGACUGAUGCAAAACUGUCCUCAGAGUGAAAUGAGGAAAUCCUUGAGAGGCGACUGAGAGGCGGCUUUCUCCCGCCUGGCUCCGGCCAGAAGUCGUUGCAGUUGCUGGUGCUUCUGCUUGUUGAGAUUUCGCGCCUUCCUGGCGGAGGUCGACAACGUUCCAGCUGAGGCACUCAGCCCUUGCGAGGUGGGUGUAAGAAACGGGGAUGGAAUUUUUCUGUUGUUUAGACAAAAAGACAUGCGUCAAUCAAUUCUAAGCAUUCUGACACGUCUCAAUCAUUAAUAGAAAAGCUCGGUAAGAAAAUGAAAAGUGAGAUAAUCUGGAACGUCACUGUAUUAAUAGAUCAUCAGGUGAAAUGGAACCGGUUUAAGUGCAGUGAAAAGGGCGUCUAGAUGAUCCUUUUUUUUUUGAGUCAAUCAGUCAACGAUUAAGAAAAACAGACAUGGGGAAAUCUUUCUCAAGAUAAAUAAAAUUAAAGCAACUUUGCAAUACAGAGUUUAA